CAUCCCAUUUUCCCAUCUUCCCUGCCAAGCCCCUCUCUGUGUCCCUCACCACUCGCCAUUGGCGCCCUCGCCUACCCUUGCCGCUCCCUCGCUGGCCGCAGUCGCUCGUCGCCGUAGCCUAGUCGCCCUCAGCUUCGUCGCUCACCCGUGCUUGCCGUCGCCGCCCUCGGCCUCGCCGCUCACCGUCGCUGCCCUCACCUUCUCCCUCGGCCUCUGUUGCUUGUCAUCGCCGCCCUCACCGUCCCCGUCGCCCCUGCCAACGCCACUUUCUGAAUAUGGCACAUAGAUCGACAUAUGGUUAGUCUAUGCGUCGCCGUCAGUUCAGAGACACUAAUGGGGAGGACCACAUUGGGGGACAUUCAUCUCCGUCCACUGAUAUGAGAUUUGAUUCCCCUAGCCCACAAACACCCCACCCCAACUAUGAUAGGCCUUCUUCCACGCCUACUGAAGUCAGGGGUUCAUCUACACCCACUGCCACCCCUGAUAAUCGUCCGAUGAUAUGUCCAUUGGGUUUUUCGUUUGAUAAUAAUUUGUGCAAACGAGAUAUUUCUCGAAUUAUUCAAAGUAAGUUUGAGGGGCCAUACCCGAGUUGGAAGAAGACAGAUCGUGCUGUUAGGGAGAUGUGGUAUGGCGAGUUUAAGAAAAAUUGGUCUUGGGAUAGUGCUUUGGAGCAUCAAAUUAGGGCUAAUUUUGAAAAGACGGCUUUCGAUCGUAUGACCGAUAUUUUAUUUCGUGUCAGAAAGGAUUUGAAUAAAAAACCCUCGUGGAUGCCGCUUUCUGUAUUUGAAGCCCUAAAGGAGUAUUGGAAUUCUGCAGAAUUCAAGGAUAAGUCUGAAAAAGGAAAGAAAAAUAGGGCUUCAGACGUAGGAGGUAGUAUGCAUACAUGUAGUUCUGUACCCAUGUCUGAGCAUAAAAAGAGAUUGUCAAGACAAUUUGGUCGCCCACCUACACAAGCUGAGUUGUUCCUCGCGACACAUAGAAGGAAAGACAAUUCCGAAUUCGUUGAUAGGAGGUCCGAGGAUACUUAUAUGCGACAACACGAGGCAUCAUCACAGUCAUCGACUGUUGGCCAUUCAGAAGAUAGUGAAGCUGGCCAGCCUUCGCACCCAGCUAUUGACGAUAGAUCCUUAUGGUUGGAGGUUGCGGGAGGUAAGAAAAAGGGUCGUGUUUAUGGAAUGGGGUCAGAGGCACAUAUAAUCCCCGGUUCUUACUAUGUACCGACACCACAGCCACCGCCACAGCCAUCGUCGUCCGUCUCACUAUCAGAUCAAAUACAAGAAGCUGUUCGGGUAGCAAUAGAACCCUUCAACCAGGGAAUCUCGGCUAUUGAAGAUAGACUACAUUAUCGUUCUUCAUCUUCGUCGCCCCAGAACCCUUCGGAUCAUUGGCAUGAUCUAUUAUUUGUAUGGAUAUGUAAUAUGGAAUUGUAGACGAUUAUGGAUUUGUA